UAGCAAACUGACAGCAGUCAGCCCUGCAGCCGCCCUCGAGCUCCACGCACCCAUCUACAUGAGCGGGUGUUGUCCACGAGGUGGAAAAAAAACCCAGAAGAAAAGCAGAAAAGCUGUUUCUCUAAACAAAACAUUAAUCUAUGAUACUCUUAUUAACUGACUGAGACCGGGAUUACAUCAAAGAUGGAAGACAUCGAUGCCAUGUUCACGGACAUGCUGCAGGAGAUGGAUCUCCUCACGCAGAGUCUAGCAGCUGAAGCUCCGGAGCCUCCACCCGCCUCCGAGUUCAGCCAGGAAAUCAACUUCUCCAUUGGCUUCACAGAUCCCAACGCGUCUCUAAAUGAACUGGAGGAUAAUGAUCUGGAUGCUCUGAUGGCUGAUCUGGUGGCUGACCUGAAUGCCACGGAGGAAAAAUUUGCGUCUGAGAGGGUGGGCGGGCAGCAUUCCAUGCCACCCCCAUCUUUACAUGUUCCGACAGCUCAUUUUACCCCUGCAGCACCCCCACAAUCUCAGUUUAAAACUGAACUGACCCGUUUGCCCAGUAACACCUCUGGACUGCCCUCUACCACCAGCAACACUUCAUUACCACCUCCUCCUCCUCCUUCCAACUCUAAACCUUCUCAGGAGGAAAUAGAAGAACAGAUGAAAGCAGACAAAAUUAAGCUCGCCCUGGAGAAGCUGAAAGAAGCCAAAGUGAAGAAGCUGAUAGUGAAGGUGCAGAUGACGGAUGGCAGCUCUAAGACUCUGAUGGUGGACGAGAGACAGACGGUGAGGGACGUGUUGGACAACCUGUUCGAGAAAACACACUGUGAUGGCAAUGUAGACUGGUGCGUGUGUGAGACCAACCCAGAGUUGCAGACAGAGCGCAACUUUGAGGACCAUGAGAUCCUGGUGGAACCUCUCUCAGCGUGGACAAGAGACAGCGAGAACACCGUGAUUUUCCAAGAGAGAAAAGACAAGUAUGAAGUUUUCAAAAACCCACAGAACUUCUAUUUGUGGAAGAAGGAGAAGAAAUCACUUAAAGACAUGAAAGACAGAGAUAAAGAGCUCCUUCUGGAGGAGAACUUCUGCGGGCCGUCAGUGAUCGUGCCUGACCUGGAGGGAGUGCUGCAUCUGAAAGAGGAAGGAAAGAAAUCCUGGAAACCUCGCUACUUCCUGCUGCGUGCCUCUGGAAUGUAUUACUUACCCAAGGGGAAGAAUAAGGCAUCUAAGGACAUGGUGUGUCUUGUGCAGUUUGAUAACAUGAAUGUGUACUACUGCAACGAGUACAAAAGCAAAUACAAAGCCCCCACUGAGCACUGCUUCAUCCUCAAGCAUCCUCAGAUCCAAAAGGAGUCUCAGUAUAUCAAGUACCUGUGCUGUGACGAUGAAUGGACCAUGAACCUCUGGGUUACGGGGAUCCGUAUCGCUAAGUAUGGUAAGACGUUAUAUGAGAACUAUAAGGCCGCCGUGAGAAAAGGUUCAUCGCUGUCUUCAGUUUGGACCAACCGGACCCUCCAGCCGAGUCCAUCAACCUCCACUGCGUCUACUCCAUCUCCAACACCGAAAGCCAAAGCAGCCAACGGACAUGCUCCUCAGCCUCAUCCAGCGCCGGCGCUCAAGGCCCCAGCUUUCAUUCUGCCACCUCCAGCCGACACCCUGCCCCCUCCCCCACCGGACCCCACCCUGCCACCUCCUCCUUCACCCUCCAUGCUUGUAAAGAAGCAGCUCUCAUCGCUCCCCCCUCAGCAAGCCAUGCCCUCGUUCCCUCCUCCACCUCCGAACGACGACACGGAGCUUCCUCCUGACUUCCUCCCUCCUCCUCCUCCUCCUAUGAUGUCAGGAGAGCUUCCUCCACCUCCUCCAGAUCCGUUCCUCCCUCCUCCAGCUAUGCUUGAUCAGCUUCCCCCACCACCUCCUCCUCCGAUAUCUGGAGAUCAUUUUCCACCACCUCCUCCUCCAGCUGCAGGUGGAGGUCCUCCACCACCUCCUCCUCCUCCACCUGCAAGCGGAGUUCCUCCACCACCUCCUCCACCAUCUUCAUCCGGAGCAGGAUUCAAUCCCGCCGCAGUCACUCUGAGGAAAGUCGCACCUCCACCUCCAAAGAGGACUACACCGUCAGUAGCGGCGCCCUCUGGUGGUGAAUUCAUGUCAGAACUCAUGGUGGCCAUGCAGAAAAAACGUGGUGGGCAGUGAACUUUCAGCAAGUUCGCCCUUUUUUUCUACAAAGGAGUUCACUUCGGACAUAAUACACGUGCUGUAAAUAUGUGGAUUUGUCUGGAGGAAUAUUUUUAUGGACUAAACUAUCAGCGCUAUGCUGUAUUGCAUCUACUGUUCUUUUUAGGUGAGAAUUGGGGAGACGGAAUGAAAUAUUACAAUAAGAGUAUAUCAAAUGUAAGCUUUAUUCACCAAUACUGUUACUAUGUACAAUGUAAUAAGGAUGAAUCACCCAGGCAGAUAUUUCUGAACAUAUUUCAAAAAAUUCAAUAUAAACGUGUUUACAAGUCAUUUUUAAUAAAAUAAAAUAUUAAAAAGUGA